UGGAGACCCUCCCCACAAGGUCACACCUGACCUCCCGGGCCCGGGCCUGCACUUACCCCCAGGCUGCGGGAGGCCGCCUGGGGGUGCCGGGCCCGGGGCGAGCCGGGGCCAGGGGAGAGGCCGGGCCGGGCCCGGCUCGGCUCAUCACCCCGCUCGGGAGACUUUCGUCCCGGAACGUUGGUGGCGCGGGCGCGUGUUCCCAGCCGGGGCGAGCGGACGAGCAGCACUCGGCCUUAUGCGCGGCGGGAGCGUCGGGCGCCUUGGAAACGGACGGAAGCCGGGAGGGGAGCGGAGGCGGCGGGAGGAUGCUGAGCCCCGAGCGGCUCUCGCUGCCGGGGCCCGAGUACCUGGUUUUAAGAGUGUUCGUCAAGGAACGCACAUUUUGUUCCGUGAAUUCAGCUUUGUCCAAGCUACCCCUCAUAACAGGGCAUCUUUUCUUCGGACCUUUUGGAGAUGCUUCCGAACAGUGGGGAAAAAUGGAGAUUUGCUGACAGCACAGGAAUACCACUGCUUGCUGCAGCUGCUCUGCCCUGACUUCCCCAUGGAACUCACUCAGAAGGCAGCAAGGAUUGUGCUGAUGGAUGAUGCUAUGGAUUGCCUGAUGUCUUUUUCUGACUUCCUCUUUGCCUUCCAGAUCCAAUUCUGCUACUCAGAGUUCCUGGAAAGUGUGGCCGCCAUUUAUCAAGACCUAUUGGCUGGUAAGAGUCCAAACACUGUGAUUGUGCCAACAUCAUCCUCUGGGCAACAUCGGCAGCGUCAGCCGCCGAAUGACUGCAGUCCACUUGAUGGGGUAGAGGCAUCUCUCUUCUAUCAGUGCCUAGAGUCCUUGUGUGACAGAUCAAAAUACAGCUGCCCACCUUCUGCUCUUGUGAAGGAAAUGCUGAGUAGUGCACAGAGGCUUACCUUCUAUGGAUUCCUUAUGGCACUUGCAAAACAUCAGGGGAUCAACAGAGCCCUAGGGGCUCUGCCAGAUAAAGGAGACCUGUUUCUGGACCCUGCCAUGGAUCAGGAACUUGAGAAAUUGGUAGCUCAAGUAUCAGGGCUUUCCAUCUCUGCUCCCACCAGCUCCAGUGGCGAUGCAGCUAAUUUGCCUGUCCGUAACUUGCCCAGGAUUAGCUCUCCCUGGAAGCCUCUCCACCAUCGCCGAAAAAUGGAUGCUGAGAGUGAAGGCUCCAAUGAAGAGACAGACUCCUCUGAAAAUUGAAGGCUGUGAGGGUCGGCACCGUUCCCAUCGUGGGUUUCUCCAGAACUCCCUGGAGGAACAGCACCUCCUCCCAGGCAUCUGGUCUGACAGUGGGUUCUGUCCACAUCUCCAGUGCAUGCGCAGCUGUGCCAUUCCCCACUGCUUGGGCCACCAGUCUCUUUCCAGGAAGAACGCUGUCAAUCUCCUAGCUCCAAAUUCGUGAAUAGCUCCUCUGCAGAAGCCAUUUACAGCUGCAGAGUUAUGCUACCCUCUGCUGGCAAGUAAGACAAAACCAGUAGAUGCCAGGUCUGCCUCUACUUGGAAAACAGUACGGUAUUCUCUCACCAGGGCGCUCUCUCAUACGGUUCAGCAGAUGCUGGAGCAGUGGGAACGCUAGUGCAGGCUGGUUGUCAGUGUUUUGUUGUGUAGCUGUGUUCAGACUUGGCCUAGACAACAGAGUGGUUAAAUUGCCAGCGGCUGCUCUGCACUCUUGCUCUGUUACAGUUAUUCCCAGUAAAGCUGCACCUGCAUAUGAUCAAAGCUAGAGAAAUCCCUGAAGUUCCUAGAAAAGAAGGGCUUAGGUAGCACCCUGCCACCCGUCUUUACUUCCUCCUCCAUGUGUCCAAAGUAUUGCUGAAGCAAAUAGAGCAAAUAAGCUAGAUUUCAGUUAAGUAGUACUUGAUGGUAGUACGUGUCUGGCACCUCCACUGUACUGAGGUCCCUUCUGUGAGGCCUUCCUUGGAUCCCCUCUGCCUCAAAACACCAUAAUAAGCCCCCCCCCCCCCCCCAAAAAAAAAAAUGCUUGGUGAAAGCAAGGUUUGGAGCUGUAGCUGUAGGUGGAGGAGAAGGACAGAAGGUGUUUAAAUUGCUUGGCCCCAGGUGGUGUAGCCUGGAAACAUAGUGUCUGGUGUGGUUUAGUGGGCACGAGGGGAGAAGGAAGCAGCUAUCAAAAGAAUCCCAGUUUUUGGGUUUUUUUUCAUAAAUGCUGGCAUUGCUGUAUCAUCACAGUGUAGCCCUUACAACUGCCAGAAGAAGUACCUUCUCCUGGCAUUGACUCUGCAGUCUGGCCUCCGCAGCCCUGAACACUUUGGCUAGUAGAGGUGUGCCCUGGGUCACAGCUUGUACAGGCCCUUUAUUCCCUGAGCUAAUUCAUUUUUCUUUGGAUUCUGGGGGAGCCUCCUUGCUCCUCCCUUUCAUAAAGAGCUGCGCAGCAUGGGCUCCUGGGCACCGUUCACCAACGGCUUAGAGCUGUCCUAAACCAGAGUGGAUUUAGCCCCAAUGAAACUAUUUUAAGAUAAUCCCGUAAGUACUGGUGAAUCUGCUCCGCUGCCCCAGUCACAGAAAUGGUGGGAGGUGUUAUUUAUUAUAACUUAUUUUAUUUAUUAACAUGCCCUUUCGCUGUUCUUUCUGUCCCACCCAUCUGUGAGCGACUGCAAGGACCAGCAAUAAAGCACGCCGCGCAAGGCA